AGGUUGCCUAUGGCGACAUCCCUCUCGAGCCAGCUUCAGUCGCUUCGAACAGCGACCGCAAAACAUCAGACCGUCGAACGUCAGCAUGUAUCGCUGCUCUUUGAAAAAGAAGAAGCGAAAGCACUCGACAGAGAGUCUGCCUUCCAAAUAGGAUGUGCUGGACUGCAGAAGUUGAAAGAGCUGGAUUCAGUGUUUGAAACACCUAACGACCUUUUUGACGAGUCGAAACUGCAUUAUCAACGUUCGAUGAUUACCAAGGAUGAAAAUGCUGCUCUCAACGAGAAAAUCGAAAAGCUUUUGUUCCACCUUUCACCAUAUUUGCAACACUUUGCUUGUCAGCAGGUGUUAGAAUGGCUCAUAUACAAAUAUCAGAUUUACGCGUAUAACGCUGAAGCAGUUAUAUUGACAUUUCUGCCAUUUCACGAGACUAAUUUGUUUGGUCGAAUACUUUCUAUAAUCGAGUACAACUUCACUACAUCGAAAGACUGGGGUUUCUUGGAAGAGUUUCACAAGAAGAGUUAUCCGGUGCCGUUCAGCAUGAUCCUGAAAGCAACCAUGUCAAGUACCCACGCUUUGAUUACAAAGAUCACCGACCAUAUCAAUAGAGGAAUUCAACUCGUUGGAGAUGAAUUUCUUGAAGCGAAGUGUCAUAUGUUAUUUACAUUCUAUGCAAAGUUGCUCGUCAACGUUUUGAAGGAUACUAAUAGGAUUGACGAUGUUCUUUUGUCGAAAGUAAUCCCACUUGUUGCUGUAGGCAUGAAAAGUUCACUUCCUUCGUUUCGACAAGCUUCCUUAAUAGUUAUCUGUCAGCUGGCUACUACGGUGAAACUCACAUCGGAUACUGUUUCAUCUCUCGCGAAGAUCACCAUUAUGAAAUUCCGCAAAAGCUCCCUUGAAAGUUCUCUUUCUGCUUUGGUUGUUCUCUGCCAGCAACAAAUGCCUGAGAGCUUCUCCGUCAAGGCUACUUUGAAGACGUUGCGCAAUGCAAAAGAGCUGGACAUCACGGCAGUCGUGAAAGAUUUGGCGAAGAAAACAGAUCUCAGUGCUUUUCUGAGGCCGUUGUGGUCUUCGUUGCUCGCCAUUGCGAACGAAGAAGCUUAUGAAGCUGACCACAAGGAAUGCUUACAUGCGCUCCGAACAUCGUCUGACCCUGAGAUGUUAAAUGGCUCGCAAGCUACGUUCUUCCUAUCUAAGUUGCUGGAGCUUUCGAGUUUGGAAGUGCUACAUAGCAAUAAGAAGUUCGCCAAACAUGUUUGCAGCAUAGUUGCUCGGUUUUCGGACCAGUGGAUGGACUUGUAUACAGAAUGGAAGUCGAGAGACGCAAACCUUUUGUCUUCAUUUGUCGAGCAUUAUCAGUUGCAGAAGUAUAUAGUGGUAGAGGAAGAAGCGGAAGCCAAGAAGAAGCGCAUGCGCCGGCGAUCAGGCUCUUUGCGCAAGAGCAUUUCGGAAGCUGUGGUCCCUAAAAAGCCUUCCAAACCAGAAAGUGCAAUUGCUCGUGCUGAGGAAAUGGCUGCUUCAUCUGAGUUUGCUCGCCGGCAAGCGUUUUCUGGAGAUCCCAUAAAAAAGGCUCGAGACUGGAUCAAGAAAGAGGAUUGGGAAAAUGUAUCUUGGGCUUUUGAUGAAAUAAGCUCGCGAAAAGCUUACUUUGCGAACAAGGCUUCUGAGGAUGUUGAAGACUUCGUCUUGGAAGUUGUCAAGCUGGUAUCCAAAUCACCUAAAAAUCCUGCACUGAAUGCUGCUCGUACGGCGUUUGCUGAGGUGAAUUUGCGAUCUGAUUUUGGGGUCAACUUGCUCAAACGCCACGAAUCGCCAGAGCCAAGUCCAAAGAAACCGAAAUCAUUGAAUUCGAGUGAUAUCUUCUUUGAGGCUUUCCACUCCGAAUCGGAUGAAGAUUAUCAAAAGAGGCUCGGCUUUGUGGUUGAAAUGCUGACCAAUACGAAAUCAGUCGCUGUUGAUUCUGGCGUCUUUUCCUUGUUGUUCGAUCUGAUCAAAGAGUUCAAUGAAAAAGAUGAGACUUUGACUAUGCGCAUAGUGAAUCUACUUCUGAAACUCAUCAAAUCUCCAGGUGGAAAAUACAAAGUAACUUCUGCUGACCUGAAGAUGGACUAUGUUAUUGAAAUGAUGCGCAGUACACAUAGUCACCACAUAUUGAGAGAAUGCUUACGCCUUCUGACCGCCGCUGUACGCAUAUCACCGACUAGCGUAACUUCUCAUAUGAUGUCCGUGUUUACGUUCAUGGGAAAUGGACUGCUUCGCAAAGACAAUGAGCUAACCCUCCGAAUCAUUGAAGACACCCUGGAAGCACUUUUCCAUGCUGUAUGCGAAGAGGACGGAAAGACUUUGCCUAUGCAAAUGAGGCUCCGUCUUAUUGAAGUCGCUCGUGUAUUCGCGGCCUCUGCCUGUGACAUCCCUGCCCAUCGUCGAGCACGUAUGGCACAUGCUAUAGCUAGAGCGGUGAAGCAUGUGAAUGUGUGGAUCAUAGUUGGCGUUCUCCUAGAACAUUUCUGCGUGAGAUGGCAACGUACUGCCGGUGAUCCUAGUAAACGCUCAAGUGAGCAGGAUGCUUUUGAAGAUCUCGCUCUUGAGCUCUUUAUCGGUCUCGAUCCGGUCUUCCAGCUUUCUGCGGCUGUGGAUCUUAUACAGUUUAUCGUAAGGUUGGGAAGCGAUUAUCCAUCUGCACUCAAUACAGAUGUUCUGGAUCAGACUAUUUUUGAUAGGUCGAAGUAUUCCUUGCCAAAACUCCGACAUUUCCGCUUUGUCACAAUUGGACUUGUAGUCAAGGUACUCAGCUCUAGGAAAUUAUAUGAUAAGCUGGGACAGCUCGAUGACGCUCAGUUGUAUCAAUCAAUGAUGCCCAUCGGAAAGCGCUUGAUGACGGCUUCAGUGGAAUUGGCAGAAUUUGUUGAGAAAGAAAAUGUUGCUGCUGAUCAAGGGAAUGAACCACAAACUGUGCGGUACUGGGUUGCGCUGUCUUCUCGGGCAGAAACUUGUGCAGAAAAGCUUCGACAUCUGAUGCCCGGCGGAGUAGCAGCGAGAAUCAUAGUGGACAUCUUGGAAGAUAACAGUACCGACACACGAAUGCGCGAAAAGGCUCUCCAACUUGCGAAUCUAAAGUUAAUUCACGAUGGUUUCUUUUUCACUGAAAGUGGUAUCAAUGAGGAGCACUUGGAAAAGAUGGCCGUUGUACUGAACAAAUGGCUUGUGAAGGAGAGAUCGAACAUAGAGAAGAUAACACUUUGCCAGAAUGCCGCUUUUACUUUGAAGCUGAUUGCGAAGCGUCUUUCAUGUCGCGCGGAUUCGUCAGUUCUUGCUGAAACAAUGAGCAGAUGCACGGAUAUUGUAUCGGAGUAUCAAACGCUUGAUGAGUCUUUGGUAGGAAAUGUGCUGCUUCUUGCUGGGGAGCUGAUUAGGUCACACAAUAUGAGAACAACUAUGGUGUCUGCAAUUCCUUUACUGAAAACCUGUCUCAGCAUUCUCAACGAAUGCUACUCUAGUCAAAAGAGUCCAAUCGAUCCUCUGAAUCCGUCAGAAGAUGCAGCUAGCAAGCGGCGUCGCGUCCGGCAGCAAUCUCUGAGUGGUAAAAAGCUUGGCAGUUCAACGCUUCUGAUCUGCGCACUGACCUGUACCCAACGAGUUCUUGAUCAAUUUGCUCCGUUUGUGUCACAAUACAUCCCACAAGUCCUCGUGCAAUUCUGCCGCUUAUACGGCAGGUAUCACGAUGCUGAUGGGGGCACGAACACAUUUGUUCCAGAUAAGUCACUUCCUGUCUUCCAAACAUCUAGCAUACAACAUCGACUCGAGCUUAUCCGCGCUGCUUUGCUCAAGUUGGAAGUGCGCGUGGUUGGUGAACACUUUGCCAAAGCAGUGCUUCAGCUUAACGAGGAAGAGGACGCUUUGAUUGCCCUGUUCUCUCUCCUCCAAAAGUACUUUGACCAAAAGAAUAGGUUUAUCAUAACACAAAUGAGGAAUGAUCUCGUAUCAAACGUAUUUAUCAAAGGACUGGAGUAUCGCACAAAAGUUAGAAAUGUUGAGAAUUUGGAGAAAAUAGAAAAUGUUGAGCGCAGUAUAUUCUCUGCUUUACUCGCUAUGGCGGAGGUUCUGACUGAGAACACACUUCGUUCAGUGGUCAACGCUUUGGUAGACUGGUCAGAACAAGGUUUGAAACCGUCGGCGAACAGAGAGGAACGUGCUCGUCUUGGAACUAUUUUCAUGUUUGCAAACAAUUUCUAUGCAUCAUUCAACACACUUGCCUUACCGUAUUUUGGUAAACUCAUAGAAAUGGCAGCCAAAGUAUUGCAUUCCUGCAACGCUACUGUAGUCCCCGAUCCUUCUCUACUUUUGCUAUUCGGUAAGAAAGACACCAUGGACGGAAAGGAAGCAGAUUCUCUGGUGACACAAGUUAUUGAUUUUGUUGGUAAUUGCGCACGACAUCCGGAAUUCUUCACCGAGGAUCGCGCAACAAUGCUUAUCGGACCCUUAACGGACGAGAUUGUUAACAGCAAACUGCCUGGUCACGAAAAACGUUGCCACCAUCUCGCCGACGCUCUGUACCGCGUAUCUGAUACUCAUCCAGAUGUCUUCCAAACUGUUCUGGAUAAGAUAUUGCUGAAAACUAGAAAUGGAAGAGCUAAGAUUCGAUAUCGUGCGUUGCUCGUAGUGGAAGCCGUAGUCGAUAAAGUGGGUGAUGGAAUCGCACCUCAUCUGCCCAUGGUGAUGCCGUUCCUUAGCGAGUUACUCGAAGAUGAAAACCACAACGUCGAAGAGCAAUGCGAUCGCGUCGUACGGUUGUUACAAAAUAAGUUUGGUGAGAAUAUCUGUGAAGGUUUUGCAUAGGUUUGUUGUUAUCUUCUUUGUUGUUGUUUCAUUUUGGCACAUUUCAUUACCUUGAAUGCUUACACUGUUACAAUGUUCGCUGUUAAUGGUUGUUGUUGAAUUUUUGUUUUUGUUUUGAUGUUACAAUCUUUACAGAUAUGGAUCAAAUUUUUAUUGGG